AUGAUUAAAAAUCUAUAGGAAGAAAUAGAAAAGUUUAGAAUAACACAAAUAGAGAUUUAGAUAGAAAAGCAUAAGCAUUUAUUGUCAGAAGAUGCCUUAUUGUAAUGCUAUUUAGUGAUGAUCAAUUAAAAUCUUUAAGUGGCAUUGAAGGAAUACAUAAUAUAAUUACUAGAUUAUGCUAAAAAUUUACCUUUGCCUUCAAAUAAUGAAUUAGCUGUAGCAUUUUCUUAAAGUUUUAUCCCUAUAAAUACUCCGUUUAUUAAGAAAUUUAAACAAGUUAAAAAGAUUAUUGAAAAGGUGAAUUUAAAUGUGCUUAAUCAUUUUAGAAAGAUAUAUGAUGAAAUGAGAAAUAUAUAAUGUAAAAAGAUGGAAUAAUAAAUAAAAGAAAAUGAUUUUUCUAAAUGUGUUUGUGCAAUCUAUUAAAAAACUAAAACUCCUAAAUCAAUUCCAAAUGCCAUUAUUAUAAUUUGUUUUAUGUGCAGAUUUUAAUUUCAUAACACAUGUUUAAGAUAUAAAAUAAAAGAUGGUUAACCAUCAUUUGUUUGUCCUUAAUGCAUAUUAAUGAAUAUGGAUCCAUUGCAUAAAGUAGAAAACAUUUUAGCAUUUUUAACUUUAGAAACAAGAUCAUAGUCAGAGAAAAGCACAACAAUGAAUUUUACUUUAAAUUAAGUAGAAUUAAAUUAAUCUAUAGAUAUUAGAUGUAUUAGAUUAGAUGGUUAUAGAUAUGAAUAAUCUUGGCCUGAUAUUGGUGAUUUAAUGAUAAAUGGAAUCAAAGUAGUAUAAUUCAAACCAUUAAAAGUGAAUAGUUCUUUAAAAUAUAGAAAAGAUGAAUAUUACACUAUUAAAAAUCCAAAAUAAGGAUAAUACAGAAUUGUAUUACGUUCUUAAUCUAGUAAUUUAAAUGAUAGAAAAAACUUUUAAAUUAAAACUGAUUAAUUGUUUUACUUUGGUGCAUUUCUUAUCUAAGAAAUUAGUUCAACUGAAUUAAUUUAGUAAUAUUAAUUUGAUAAAUCGAAAUGGGUUAAUACAUAAUAAAUGAAAGAUAAUAUUUGGAUGUAUUCUAAUCUUAAUUAAUCAGUUGAUAUUGCUGUGAACAAAAUAUCAGUUAGUUUAAUUUGUUAAAUUACUACUUUACCAAUAAAAAUACCUUGCAGAGGAAUAUUAUGUGAACAUAUUUAAUGUUUUUGUUUAGAUAGUUUUUGUAAAUUCAUUGAAUCUCUAACAUAAAAGAAAUGGUCAUGUCCUGUAUGUAAGAGAAUCUGUUUAGAUUUUUAUAUUGAUGGAUAUUAAUAUAGUAUUUUAGAAUUCUUAUAAAAUUAAAAAACAAAUAAAUAAAGUAAGUUAAGUUUUGAAUAAUAAGUAUCUAAUAUUAAUUUUGAUAAAAAUGGUCAUUAUUUAGAUAAUUUUAUAGAUGGAUCUUAAUUAAAAUUUACACCUGGUAGAAAUUAUUUUAAUGAGAUAUAUUAAUAAAAAAAAUAAAUAAAGGAAGAUUAAAUGGUAAAGUUAUGA